AUGGCGAAACCAGAAACUAGUGAAAUAAGUCGACCAAUUUCUCACCUAAAACCACCUACUGAAUUUGACUUCGACGUUUCAAAUGUAGCGCACUCAUGGAAACGUUGGCGAGAAGAGGUAGAGCUGUAUAUGGAAUUGGCUAUGGUUGGAAAGAAAGAAGAGACGAUAGUUAAACUCUUUCUGUACAUUGUUGGAAGUCAAGGUCGAGAAAUAUACGAGACAUUAUCGUUUGAUCAAGAACCCGAAAAGCGGAGCUUUAAAGAUAUUGUUGAAGCAUUCUCGAACUAUUGUGACCCGAAGAAAAACGAGACGGUAGAGAGAUACAAGUUCUUUACAAGAGUGCAAGAAGCGGGAGAAACAUUAGAUAAGUUUAUCACAGAUGUGAAAAUUCUGGCUGCAACGUGUAACUUUGAACAGCUUAAAGAAUCAUUGAUCCGAGACCGAAUAAUUUGUGGCAUGACUGACUCGAAGCUACGACAGGACUUGUUAAAAAUACCUGAACUGAGCCUAGAUAAAUGCAUAGAGAAUUGUCGCGCAGCUGAACUAUCAAAAGAACGAAGUAAAGAGAUCGAAGACAACGAUAGGAUUUAUGCUUUCAACGCUGGACAGGGCGGUAAGCAAAAUAGAAGCCGAAAG